UCAAUUUGUGAUUAAGUCGCUGAAGAAAUAGGUAGAAAAACUGCAAAUUAUUAGAAAAUUGCGAUGAUUACGGUAAUUUAUGCUUUUAUUGUCGGUUUAAUUGGGGUGAUAAUUUAUUGGGAUAUCGUGACGUAUGGGAGGAAUAAUAAAUAUGGCAAAGAAAAGGCGAUUUGGAGUCCACGAGGUAUUCCGCCGUUCGGGCUUGCAUUGGAAUUUGCUGUUGCAUCACAAGAAGAAACCUUUAAGAAAAUUAUUUGGUAUGCACAAACAUGGAAUUAUCGUUUGAGAGCGUAUGCAGCAUGGCAUCGUUUUGUUUUGGUUGCCUUGCCCGAAGAUAUUGAAGUAAUUAUGACGGAUCAACGGUUCUUGGAGAAAUCUCAUGACUACAAUGUGCUUCACAAGUGGUUGCAAGAUGGCUUAUUAACGGUCAGCAAGAAGCCAAAAUGGCAAACUCGCAGAAAAAUUCUCACACCGGCGUUUCACUUUAGCAUUUUGGAGGAUUUUGUGCAAGUUAUGAACCAACAAGCAACGAUUUUGACAAAAAUAUUGCAGAAACACGUGAAUGACGAUGGAUUUGAUAUUGUCCCGUACAUCAGUUUGUACACGAUGGAUGUCAUUUGCGAGACGAGCAUGGGCACGAAGGUAAAUGCGCAAACAGAUGUCAAUUCCUCAUACGUCAAAGCUGUUGUCGAAGUAAGCUCAAUUCUUUUUUGGCGCAUGCAUCAUUUCUUGGCUCGUGAUGAUUGGUAUUGGCGAUGGACUCCCCAAAAGAAGCGUCACGAUCAACUUGUCCAGCUAAUUCAUGAUCACACAGAGAAAAUUAUUGAAACGCGUCGCGAAGAAAAGCUCAAAAUGCGCAAAAAAUCCAUCGAAUCCGAAGAUAUUGGGAUCAAAAAACGCACUGCCUUGCUCGAUAUAUUGCUAGAUUCAACCGUAAAUGGCCAAAAGUUAUCCAACAUGGAUAUUCUUGAGGAAACUGACAACUUUAUGUUUGCUGGACAUGAUACUACAACGUCAGCGAUCAACUUUUUGCUGUACAACUUGGCAAAACAUCAAGACGUUCAACAGAAAUUGUAUGAAGAGAUCGUAGAUGUGCUUGGAACGGACAAAGAUGCAUCUUAUACAGUGAAUGACUUGAGUAAUUUUAAAUAUUUCGAAAUGGUUCUUAAGGAAUCGCUUCGAUUGUAUACUCCUGUGCCAAUUAUUGGGCGAUAUUUGCGAGAAGAUGUCGAAAUUAAUGGCGUUGUUUAUCCGAAAGAUCACAACAUCUUGUUAGGCCUCUAUAUGAUGCACCGUAACCCAAAUGUCUUUCCAGAACCAGAGAAAUUCAUUCCCGAACGUUUUUCCGAACAAAGAAGUCAUGAAAAGAAAAAUGCGUUCAGUUAUGUGCCAUUUUCCGGCGGUUAUCGUAAUUGCAUUGGACAACGAUUUGCUCAAUUAGAAAUCAAAUUAGUAACAGCCCGAAUCCUGCAAAACUUCCAUCUCGAGCUUGCUGAUCCGAAUUUCGAACCCAUAUUGACAGCAGAACUCAUUCUGAAGCCCGUAAAUGGGAUAGUUGUAAAGUUGAAACCCCGUAAUUAGGGAUUUUGUGAUAAUUUUUGAAUUUUGUGUAGAGGAUGUACUAAAAAUCAAACAGAAUUUAUUAAAAUAAAAUGAUUUAU